AUGGUGUUUUUGCUCUUCGAAGUUGGAGAUUUGUCUGUGGCAUCCCCGGCCACUGUUUCACGCUGCGGCAUGGUCUACAAUGAUGUUAAUGUCCUUGGCUGGUGGCCUUUUGUCGAAUCCUGGUUAUCCAGCAAAAAGGACCGCGUUCUGGCGGAAGAAGCUAGACGUCUAUUUAAUAAGUACACCGAAAAGAUCCUUACCUUUAUCAAGUCCUUUUGCACUACUUGCUUGCCAAUGAGUGAGAUUAAUUUAGUAAUUUCCCUUACUAAGCUGUUUGAUGGCAUGGCGACUCUAGAGAAUGGAGUGAGUCUCUCUUUAUUGUCAGUUUUAUUUUUCAUUUAUUCUACUCUUAUUUUUACUCGCCUUCAUUCACAUGCAUUUUUCAGGCCAGGCUUAACCGACUAA